CCCACCUGCAUGCUCAUCCAUUCACAGUAUCCACAGUCUGGAUGACUGACGAUCAGGAUCUCCUGUGCGGAUUGUAAAUACACCGAAAAGUAACUCGAGGAUUCAUAUCUUGUUUUUCUAGGCUUUUUUUUUUCCCCUUCCUCGUGGCGGAUAUGAUGUGAGAUCCAGGAAGGUUGGGGAAAGCUCAUCUCAGUGCCAGAUGGGCUUUCCAAAUCCGCAAACUGCAUUGAAUGACAUGGCCGCAGGAUUUUCUCACUGCAGAGCAAAUGUGGCUUAAUGCUGCUGAGAAAACAACAUUAAAUUAUACUACAUGCAAAAACAAACAGACAGAUGAAUGGGAUUAAGCUAUGCUGAAAACAAGGGCUUAAUUGCACCGAAUAAAAACAGCGAAAAACAAACAAACAAAAACAACUGUGAUCGCGUGGAUGACAAAGUCAAAGACCAGUCACGAUAACAGCACUGGAUACUAUAGGUUAUAUCCAAGUAAAAUGGAGGAUAGUUUUGAUUGUGACUGUGGUGAGCUUGAGCCACCUGAUCACUGAGUAAAAAUUUAUUUUGAAGAUUUAAUAAGGCCAGACGCAUUUCAUUUUUAUAUAUCAGGAGACUUGACCAGGAAAAAAAAAAAAACCUAAAACAGGAAGAAAAAUUGUGCAUUUCUUAUGAAGCUGCUCAGGACCAGUCAUACACUGAAUGUAUCUGCACUGUGAGGAUGCAACUACAUGCUUUUAUAGUUUAAUAUAACCCCAGUGCUAUUUUUUAUUUUUAUUUUUAUUUUCCUUUUCCAAUUGGCCUCAAAGUCCAUUCCAUUGUAGUCUAUAAAUCGCAGACCUCAUCAGCUAAAGAUAUCAUUGUACCCAAAGGGUUGAGGAGGAUUUUUUGUUUUAAAAUUUCUCCCAACAUUAAACAUGGAAAGAAAAUAUGAUAUACUAGAGUUCCAUAUCUGAGAGUGACGGCUAGCCAGGGGGGACUUGGUAGUCGUCUGUACGGGGGUUAGUUAGUUCAGCCUCUGAAGCAAAGGGUGAAUUAUUUGAUAAUUCCUCUGGUGGUGUUAAAGUUGGGCUAGGAUCAAGCCAGGAAAUAGGCAGAAGUUUGGCGUAAAACCCUAAAACCAGUCGUCAUGGCGGAGAAGUUCGAGUCGCUCAUGAAUAUCCAUGGGUUCGACCUGGGCUCUCGCUACAUGGACUUGAAACCUCUGGGCUACGGCGGGAACGGCCUGGUGUUCUCGGCGGUCGAUACCGACUGUGACAAGCGCGUGGCAGUAAAGAAAAUUAUCUUGACCGAUCCUCAAAGUGUGAAGCACGCCCUGCGGGAAAUCAAGAUUAUCCGAAGACUUGAUCACGACAACAUUGUCAAGGUUUUUGAGACCCUAGGCCCUUGCGGCCGCAGACUAACGGAGGAUGUGGCGUCGCUCACAGAGGUGAACUCGGUCUACAUUGUGCAAGAGUACAUGGAGACUGACCUCUGUCAGCUGCUGGAGAGGGGCCCCAUGUCUGAGGGCCAUGCACGGCUCUUCAUGUACCAGCUCUUAAGGGGCCUCAAGUACAUCCACUCAGCCAAUGUGCUUCACCGCGACCUCAAGCCUGCUAACCUGUUUGUCAACACAGAGGAUCUGGUACUCAAGAUUGGAGACUUUGGGCUGGCUCGCAUUAUGGAUCCUCACUACUCCCACAAAGGCCAUCUCUCUGAAGGCCUCGUCACAAAGUGGUACCGAUCUCCUCGCCUGCUGCUCUCGCCGAACAACUACACCAAAGCCAUUGACAUGUGGGCUGCUGGCUGCAUCUUUUCCGAGAUGCUCACUGGGAAAACUCUUUUUGCAGGAGCGCACGAACUGGAGCAGAUGCAGCUGAUCCUGGAGUCCAUCCCCGUGCUGCGAGAGGAAGACCGGCAAGAGCUUCACAGCGUCAUCCCCGUCUUCAUCCGCAGCGACAUGUCGAAGCCUCACACGCCGCUGAUCAACCUGCUGCCUGGUGUCAGCCCACAGGCCAUGGAUUUUCUGGAGAAGAUCCUCACCUUUAACCCCAUGGACCGUCUUACAGCCGAAGAGGCCCUGGCUCACCCCUAUAUGGCCGACUACUCCUUCCCCCUGGAUGAGCCGAUCUCUCUGCACCCCUUUCACAUUGAAGACGAAGUAGAUGACAUCGUGCUCAUGGACCAGAGCCACAGCCACACCUGGGAAAGGUAUCAUGAGAGCCAGUUCUCAGAGGCUGAUUGGCAGUUGCACAGCACCCAUGACCCGGAUGAAGUUCAGGUUGACCCCAGGGGGCUCUCUGACGUUACAGAUGAAGAGGAGGUCCAGGUCGAUCCUCGUAAAUAUGCCGACGGCGAUCGGGAGAAGUUCCGGGACGAGCCGUCCUUCGACUACUCGCCCCUGCUCCCGUCAGAGCGGUCUUGGCAGGAAGACCACCACGAGAACAAGUACUGUGACGUGCAGUGUAGUCACACUUGCAACUACAAGGCCGUGUCCCCCUCCUACCUGGACAACCUCAUCUGGAGGGACAGUGAAGUCAACCACUACUACGAACCCAAGCUCAUCAUCGACCUGUCCAACUGGAAGGAGCAGCAGAGCAAGGAGAAAGCCGACCGCAAGGCCAAGAGCAAGUGCGAGAAGAACGGGCUGGUGAAGGCACAGAUCGCCCUGAAGGAGGCCGAGAAGACCCAGAGUCCGGCCGAGAAGGACAGCGAGCAGGAGAAACACCAGGCGGAGAGGCAGCAGAACCAAGGCUUCGACUUCGACUCCUUCAUCGCCAGCACCAUCAAGCUGAGCUUGCAGCCGGAGCCGUGUCCGGAGGUGACCCUGCUCAGCGAGGUGGGGCUCCUCAACGAGCUCAACUUCUCCGUCUCCCAGCUGGAGGCGCCCCGCUCUACUUCCAUGUCAAAGACUAUUAGUCAGGAGAAAGAGGAGAAGUGCCUGGUGAACCUCGCUCAGUUGGGCGGCGGGGGUCUGGGAGUGGUUGCCGGGGACUGCGUCUGGCCCUCUGAGCCCUGGGAGAGCUUCGGACCCGGGGAGAGCCUCGGCGAUGGCGGCUGUCUGAUAGACGAAGCGUGCUGGGACCUCCGCAAGGCGGACCAGCUCCAGAAGGAGAGCUCCUACACCAGCUACCUGGACCGCUUUUUCAGCCGGAAAGACGACAGCGUCGCCGAGGCCGUGACCGGCCUGGAGAUGGAGCCCUCGGUGGUGAAGGAGCUAGACGACAGCUUCCUGGACGCUAGUGCGGAGAUCGUGCUCAAUAUGCAGCUGGACUCUCUGGCUUUGCCCGUGUUUGACGGCCCCGACGACUUGCCUCUAAAGUCCAUCCAGGCGUCCCUCUCCCCUUGUGCCGUCAAAUGUUCCCCUCAGAUAGCCCACAAAACCUACAGCAGCAUCUUCAAGCAUCUUAAUUAAAUACAUCUUCCCUCACAGUGCAAAAUCUAGGCAGUUUUAUUUUUAUUUUAAUACGGUGUUAUUGUACUUGAAUCAUUUCAUACCAUUUUUUUUUUUUUUAUUAUUGUAGUUUUAUUUUGAGGAGUCGAUGGGGGCUGAUUUAUUAUAUUUGAAGAGUUUCAUCAUCACUCUGAGCCUUGAUCACCUGGCCUUCAUGGGUUAUUGUCUACACCCUCAUUGCUAAACCGGCAUGUCGUUGCACAUGUAAGUACUGUAGAUGGAAGGGAUGGAGGGAGGAGAGAGGUGGAAAAACAGGAGGAAAGGAUUUAAGAAAGGAGAUUUUGAAGGAAAGAUCGGUGAACAAACAUUGCUGUAGGCUUUUAAAGUGCUUUCAAACAGCCUUUCCUGGGUUGGGUGUAUACAUUUGGGGAAAAGGAAAGCGGGUUGGGUGGGUUCUUUUUGUCUUUUUUAUUUUUUAUUUUCCUUCUUAUUCGACUUUCUAACGUUUCCCCGAAGAAAGCUUCCGUAACAAUCCUUUCAUACUGUAAAUCUGACACAUGAUGCCAGCAGCAACCAUUAUCGUAGGCGUUAAAAUGUAAACGUGUUAUCUACCUCAAGGUAACAGCAGUGAGAGACACUCGAAGCCACACUAGUGCUUUACACACAUGACCAUCCUCAUACCAUGAAAUGAAGUGGUCGCAAAGAUGAAAUCUGUCUCACUUCGGCAUUUAACAUAGUGAGGUGUUUCAGUAAUCGUUAUUUAUUUCUAGCAGAUGUGCGAUAUUUAUUUUAUGAAACUUUGUUAUGUCAAAUGUGAUUCUUGAAGGUUUGAAGAGCUGAACAGACUUCCAUUCUCAUUUCGGCACUAUAAGGAUGUGCAGGUGUUCCUUUUUGUUUUUAACGUAGGAUGCAAAUUCAUGUUUUUUUUUUAAUGAAGUUGAAGCUUUCCAUUCUUUUGUUCUACUGGGUAUUGUCUUUUUUUUUGUUUGUUUUUUUUACGUAUAGGUGCAUUCUGUCUUUUUUUUGUGAAAACCUCCUGUCUCAUUUGAAGAAGCACCUAUAAAAGUCUUAUUUUUAUUUUAAGAAAUUCUAAGUGUUAAAAAAAGGGCCAUGGAGGCAACGGAAAGGUACAUUAAAAAGCAAAGCUAACAGUGGGUUUAAAGUACGUCAGUUUUAAUUGUAUGUUUGUUUUUUUUGGGGGUGGGCUGGGGUGUUUUUGUUAAAUUUCUAUGUACUUUUUCCAGGCAAGCAUGAUGAAAUAGGUUAAGGUGUAGCAUGUAGAACACUUGCGGACUUUUUUUUGUAAUUAUCGGUUCCCCUGUUCUACAAAAUAUCUCAAAAUAAAAAUUACUGGCAAAUAAAA